UUGAACGUUGCAUUGAGUUGGAUAGAAUCGGCCAGCGAAUCGAGUGAGUGUAUUAAGGAAACAGAGAAUGGCGUUCAGGUCUCGGGAAAUGAUGAAGAAGAUAAUGAAGAAAAUUGGGGGAGAGAAGAAUUUAGCCCCCGGAGUCAAAGAAUCAAUUCAGAAAUGCACACCGGACAGCAAAGUCGUCAUGGGCAGGGCCCAUCGUGGCCUCUACGCCGGCCGACACAUCCAGUUCGGCAACCGCGUCAGCGAAGACGGUGGCAACAAAACAAGGAGGACCUGGAAGCCCAAUGUACAAGAGAAACGGCUUUUUAGUUACAUCCUAGACCGUCACAUUCGUGUCAAAGUAACCACUCAUGCCCUUCGUUGCAUAGACAAGGCAGGCGGGAUUGAUGAGUACCUACUGAAGACGCCAUACCAGAAGAUGGACACAGAAAUGGGCCUCUUCUGGAAAGCCAAGAUUGAGAAGAUGUAUGAAGAGCUUGGGGACAUGGAGGUAGUUUUCUUUUCGGCUGAGGAUGAAGCCAAGUUUGAAGAGGGAUUUAAAGAACUGAAACUAGCUGAGAGGGGAGCUCGUAGGGAAGCCAGAAGAAAGAUGUAUGGUUGGUCUGGCAAAUCAGAGCAUGUUGAGGAAGGAAGAGCAGACAUAGAUGGAACUGAUAACGAAGCUGCAAGGAUUGGAGAAGGAAGCUCACAUUCCAACAUUCAUGAGCCUUUGGUUGCUAACUUCUGAAUGAAGACUACAUCCCUUUGCUUUGGAUGUUGUUGGCUUGUUUACUAGAUAUUGCUGCCUGAUUGUGUAGUUAUUUCUCCAAUCAUUUUUUAAAAUUUUGGAAUUAAUCGUAGCAUUGCAAUUCAUGUUAGCUACAUUGCUUAUCUAUAUACUAUUACUAAUCCCGUGUCUCAAAACAUCUUACAAUACAAAAAACCAA